CGCCAAAAGGCCCAGCUAGCAGAGACUUUCAUUCCAGCUGCCAAAUGACAGGGUUGUGAUGAGCAAUUGGGCGGAGGCCCGGUUUGCUUUCCCCUGCACAGCUGCCAGCAGAGACGUCAGUAUCAGAGGAGGGCCCUGUCUGCCUGAAAAAGAGAGACACGCUGCUGUGGCCUGGACUCCUCCUUCGGAGAACCCUUCUCUGCGUUCCGAGAAACCUAUGGUGCUGCAAAAAGAGCAAGUUGCUGGACAGAAGAGACGAGGAGCCUCUCCCAAGCCCCGCCAAGGCUGUGCCUGGAUUGCAGAAUUAUUUGCAGGAACCGGUCCCCUCGGCUUGCUUCCAACAUCUGGGCAACCACAUCUGCCGCAGCUGCAGAAGUGCCUUUUCCGGCGAACUUUCCUAGAGAAUGGAGCACAACGGCAGCCCCUUGGCCUCUAAUGGUCUGCAAGAUGACAAGGACCUCAAGUUUCUCCUGCGUGGAGGCCACCUGCUGAAGGUCAAGUCCAACUCCUGGAGGAGAGAGAGAUUCUACAAACUCCAGGAAGACUGCAAGACCAUCUGGCAGGAGUCCAAGAAGAUGCUGAGGUCUCCUGAAUCACAGCUCUUUUCCAUUGAGGAUAUCCAAGACGUCAGGGCAGGCCACAGGACGGAAGGGAUGGAAAGAUACUGCAAGGAUAUACCCGAGCACCGCUGCUUUUCCAUCAUCUUCAAAGACCACAGGAAGAACCUGGACCUCAUAGCUAGCUCUGAAACUGAUGCCAAUCACUGGGUGGCAGGCCUGGCCAAGAUCAUCGCCAAGAGCAACUCCAUGAGCCAGCGGCAGAAAUUACAACACUGGAUCCACGCUUGCUUGCGGAAGGCAGAUAAGAACAAAGACAACAAGAUGAGCUUUAAAGAGCUCAAGAACUUCAUGAAGGAAGUCAACAUACAAGUCGAUGACAACUAUGCCCGGAAUAUCUUUGAGCAAUGCGACAAAUCCCAGACGGACACUUUGGAAGACGACGAGAUCGAGGAAUUCUAUAAGAUACUGACCGAACGGCGCGAGAUCGACGAGAUCUUCUCUGAGCACUCCAACGGCCAGGCCGUGAUGUCGCUGGAGGAUCUGGUGAGGUUCCUUCGAGAAGAACAGCGUGAGGAGAAUGCAGGGCCUGAAUUGGCGCUCUCUCUGAUAGAGCGAUACGAACCCAACGGAAGUGUCAAGGGACAAAAUGUCAUGACGAAAGACGGCUUCCAGAUGUAUUUGCUGUCUCCCCACGGAAACGUAUUCAAUCAGGCUCACAUCCCCGUGUACCAGGACAUGACCCAGCCGCUGAGCCACUAUUACAUAUCGUCUUCGCACAACACCUACCUCAUGGAGGACCAGCUGAGAGGACCCAGCAGCACCGAGGCUUACAUCAGAGCCCUGACCAAAGGCUGCCGGUGUAUAGAGCUGGAUUGCUGGGACGGGCCUAAUUCAGAGCCCGUCAUUUACCACGGCUACACGCUCACCUCCAAGAUCCUCUUCUGCGAUGCCAUCAAAGCCAUCAAGAACUACGCUUUCAAAACCUCUCCUUAUCCUGUCAUCAUAUCCCUGGAGAACCACUGUAGUCUUGAGCAGCAGAAAACGAUGGCGUACCACAUGCACAACAUCUUGGAAGACAUGUUGUUGGUGGCGCCAGUCGACUCCAAUGCUUCCGAGCUCCCUUCGCCGGAGCAAUUAAAGGGGAAAAUUCUCGUGAAAGGGAAGAAGCUGAGCCCAGAGACGGAAGAAGUCUCUGAUGAGGAUGAAGCGGCUGAAAUGGAAGACGAAACCGUGAAGAUCGAGGUGGAGAGGAAAAGGACGAGUGAAAAACUGAAGCUUGCCCAGGAGCUAUCUGACACUGUGGUCUACUGCAAAAGCGUCCACUUCCAAGGUUUCAAUAAUACCGAUUGCAAUGAAAUGUCAUCCUUCAGCGAAAGCAAAGCUUUGAAGCUGGCCCAGGAAUCUGGGACCGACUUUAUCCAUCACAACACCAGGCACCUGAGCAGAAUCUACCCUGCAGGAUGGAGGACGGAUUCGUCUAACUACAACCCUGUUGACAUGUGGAAUGUGGGGUGCCAAAUUGUUGCCUUGAAUUUUCAGUCCAAGGGAACCGAUAUGGAUGUCUACCAAGGCCAAUUCCAGGAAAAUGGCUUUUGCGGGUACGUCCUAAAGCCGGAAUUUCUGCGGGAUGAGCAGUCCAGGUUCAACCCCAAGGCUGUCUCAGAAGGGCCAUGGUGCACCAAGAAGAAACUCCAGGUGAAGGUCAUCACAGGCCAGCAACUGCCCAAGGUGAACAAGAGCCAAAACUCCAUUGUGGACCCCAGGGUGAUAGUCGAGAUCCAUGGCGUCCAGAGGGACAACGAGAAGAAGCAAACCACCGUCAUUGACAACAACGGCUUUAACCCCAGAUGGGAUGAAGCGUUUGAGUUUGACAUCGAUGUCCCUCAGCUCGCUCUGGUUCGUUUCAUGGUUGAAGACUUUGACGCGUCGACCAAAAAUGACUUCAUCGGGCAGUUCACAGCUCCCUUCACAAGUCUGAAGCAAGGCUAUCGCCACAUUCAUCUCUUGACGAAGAACGGAGACCAGUACCCUUCUGCCACGCUCUUUGUACACAUCAAUAUUACGGAUGCUUACUAAAAGGACAAUUUUCUCGGACCGCUCAAGGGACAGGUCCCUGCUUUCCCUUUCCAAAUGAACUUGCCUACCAAUCUGGGAAGAGAGAGACCUCAAACACUACCCUGGUUUUGAGCCGAUGUGGAAUCCCCACAACAUCCCCGGAGAGCAGGAAAUGGACAAAUGAGUCGACCCAACCACCGCAGAGGUCGUUGCGCAAACCGCCUUGCUGCGUUCAGAAAGCAUCAUGGAGAAUUGCUGCUCCCUGUAAAAGGCCAUGUUCUGUUGUGGUUGGGAAGCUGGGCUAUCCUCCUUGUCAUGGGUAGACAAACUAAGGCCCAGGGGCAGGAUCCGGCCCAAUCGCCUUCUCAAUCCGGCCCCCGGACGGUCCGGGAAUCAGUGUGUUUCUACAUGAGUAGAAUGUGUCCUUUUAUUUAAAAUGCACCUCUGGGUUAUUUGUGGGGCCUGCCUGGUGUUUUUACAUGAGUAGAAUGUGUGCUUUUAUUUAAAAUGCAUCUCUGGGUUAUUUGUGGGGCAUAGGAAUUCGUUCUUUUUCUUUUCAAAAUAUCGUCCGGCCCCCCACAAGGUCUGAGGGACAGUGGACCGGCCCCCUGCUGAAAAAGUUUGCUGACUCCUAUCCUAGCUGCUGUUUCUGGGGAAAAGGAGAAAAAGAGCUAGCUUUACAAUCAUGGAGAGAAGCACGAAAAUUUAGAUAGGGACAGGCGCAGGAGAUUGUUACUUCAGUCCUUUAAGGCUGGGAGGUCCACACACUGGCCACUGCCCCCCCUCUGUUGUCUCUGAAGACCUCAUCUGGACUGUAGCACUGGAUUCAGGCAUGUUCUGAGUCAGAUCCGAGAUGUGGCUUCUGUGUCCUUUCCGCUUGUUUCCAUGCCUCUGUUUCCUCCCUUAUGUCUGAUGGUUACUCUCUUCCUUUGUGCGCUCGGGCCGCAAGGCGCCAGUUCUUCCUGACGUCAACUUUCAGGGUAUUCACUUUUUCACGUUUCCAGUCCUCACAAUAAGUAAGGCAAUCUUAAAAGCGUAGAGGCGAUUUCUGAUGCAAUUUCGAAAGCUAAGGAAAGGUGUUGAACGGUGUACACAUCGUUUUAAGAAAGCACACAUUCCGCUGCUGGGUGCUGCAAGCUGUGUAAAUCAUUCCAAUCAAGCAGACUUGCGCAAUGUUUAAUUCUACCUCUAGCAGCAGCCAAAAUCCCUCCUUUGCAACUUCUCUGACUUCUGAAAUUUAACCGGGUAUCGCUCACCUUUUAAGUCAUAAUUUACCCAUUGGCUGAAACAAGUGAUUCUCAGGAAGCUGAUUUCUGGGGCCAGUGUUGCAUUCUGUGUUUCUGCUGCACUAGAGUGGACCAGCAAUGUACUCCCAGCCAGAUUUCAUAACUGUAAAAAUGUGAUUUUUAAUUUUUUUUAGACAUUAAGACGUAAGCACUGUCCUCAGACUUUCCCAAAACUGUCAGCGUAUACAUUGGGCUUUUUCAGUUUUAGAAGCUGAGGCAAUUGCAUCAAUCAUCGUGUUGUGAAUUUGCUAGAUGCUACUUUUUUUGUAAAUUUUGUAAUUUUGUUCGAUCUUUUUAGAAUUAAUUAUUACAUUAUUUUUAGGCGAAAGCAGCCAAGGAGCAGGUCCAUUAUACCGUCACACCCUCUCUUUUCUUAGUAGCUUGGAAACGGUUCUGAAUUUGAAGGGAGUGAGGAUAUAGACUGGGGUUCAAUCAGUCUCACAGGCCAUUAUCCAAAGAUGAUUGUUGCCUGUGGAAAUUUAUCCCAACAUUAGCAAAUUCAGCCGCUUGAAAGAAACUGACUGAUAUAAAAUAUGAUAAGUCUGUUGUUUCCAGUAUUGGGUUUCCCCCAGCUGGUUCUGAAUUACUACUGUUUUUGAACAUGAUGCCAUUAUAUCUAAGGUUUUCCGUGAAAUGGUGAGGACUGGAAACUUUUGGAGAGUUUACAUAACCUCACAUCAAAAAGCUUUGAAUCAGAGUCCUGUUGUGCCACGGUUCUGCCUCUUUUACAUGACAUGUGAGAUACACUACAAAAUCCAUGCCCUCAAUCCACCUAAAGCUGAAUGCUUUUUAAGCGUUCUUUAGAUUUCAGUGGGAAAGAAUUAAAAAUGCACUUAAUUCUCCCAGUGAUAUCUACGAGUUUUAAAUGGCUCUGGAUCUUUGCUGCAUGUUACACUGUGAUCUAUAGCAAAUUGUGAAAAUGCUAUGCUACUGACAAUGUCGUACCAAAUCCUCUUAUUUUAUAUGUGGUCCCAGCCUCUAAAACUCACUUUGGAUUGAAAAGAGAGGAGAACUUUUGCUUUUCACUGAGCAGGAUCCUUUUAAACAAUCUGCGGAGGCUGAAGGCUCAUUUAAACGCAAUCUUAUCUCAUGAAAACAGGCCCAAAGCUUGCUUCAGACUUAGGUGCCUAUACUGUGGCGCUUUGCCAAAUGCCAAAGGCCCCUGAUUUCAUUUCAAGACAUAAGAAUUGGUCAACAGCACUGGCCAGUUUGCAGUUCCACAUCAAAGCAGAUGUGCCUGAAAGUGAUCCGACCGAGGGAUUCUGUAAUCUCAACUUGAAUUCCUCGAUUUGCAGAGAGUUGCUCUCUCAUGGUAGCAUCAUCUGUGAUCAAGUUGUUAGGAUUGAGGUGUUCAUUUGUCAGCAAAGUUGGCACCAGAUUCUUUCCUCAACCAUUUUCGCUACCUCUUAAUGCAAGUUUUGAGACUUCACCGGCCUCCUCACAAAAUGGCCACCACUUCCAAUCCUCUCAUCCACAAAAUGGGGUCUGCAUUGUUAUAGAGCAAGGCCUCAGUGUAGACAGGAACUCAUCCUGUGCCAUGGAAAUCCAUGUGCCUCUAACCCAACAUAGCCUCUUGUUUUGGGUUAGGCUUUGCCAUAUAUAUAUAUAUAUAUAUAUAUAUAUAUAUAUAUAUAUAUAUAUAUUUGGGGGAGGGGUGGAAUCCUGAGAGCCACUUUCACGAAACGCACUGCAAAUUUAUUAAACAGGAAGGUGGUUUCCAAAAGCCGUUACGUUUUCCCUUUCUUGCUGCGAACAUCAUCUCGUUUCUCAAGGCGCUAUGAUGAACGGUGUCGCCCCUUCCCCCAAAAUACUUCCAUCUGGGGUUUUGUAAUGGAAAAGCCACGUAAUGCCUUAUUGCGGUAACUGUAAGGUCCUGGUCUAGCACUUUUUAAAAAAAGGAUUGGGACCUUAUAACUGCCCCAGCCUUAUUCUGUUUGUGUAGAAGACAAUCACAGGGUGGUAAACUUGAAGAAUGGUUGUGAUGCAACUGUAGCUGAUUUUUAGCAGAUAUUCUGUAAUUGGAGCCCUGACUGUGUCAUAAUGCAAUAGCUGAAUCCAAUGGGGUUCUUGGGCUUGUGUAAAACAUAGAAUCAUAGAGUUGCCAUCCAAAA